CUGGAAAGGGCCAGCAUGAGGAACAGUAGUCGCCAGAAAUUCCGUUUCUGCGGCGAAGGUGAUUGCCCCGAUUGGGUAUUGGCCGAAAUCAUAUCAACCCUCUCCAACCUGAGUAUAGAGAACUUGGAAAAAUUAAGCGAUCUUGUGGCUGCAAGAAUAUGUGGUGGAACUUUUGAGGAAUCGGGCAUCAAAUUAUUGACAUCCACACUCACCAACGAGGGAAAGACGGCCGUAGCCUGCAUUCACUUUAUGCUGAUAAAUGCUGCCCGCUACAAUUGCACGGAGAGCAUAUUUGGCGAGGAGAUCCAACAGUUGGGCCUACCCAAGGAGCAUGCUGCGGCCAUGUGCAGUGUCCUGCAAAAACGUUCGGGUUCCAUACGUCAGAAACUGAUAGACAAAGCAUUUAGAAUUAACGAGCUGCAAUGUGUACGUAAUGUAACGUCGUCUGGCGAAACACCAGCGAAUUGUGCCACCCUGGAACUGAAAAUAUCUCAAGAACUGGUAGAAGGCCUGCCCAAGGAUACCACGCACAUUGUUAAUUUGGAACGUUCACAAAUGAUAGCUCUGCUGGAAGAGCUGAAGGUGUGCCGAGAUGUCAUGGAUAAAUAUGAAAAUAAAAACUAAGCCUGAAGAGACUGCUACAUCUUUAAUGGAAUACAAACGAACCCGCAGCUUUUCUUUCAUUUCUGCAAAAACAUUGGCAGCGACCAUUAAGGCACAGACAACGUUGUGUAUCUAAAAUAUUACGCUGCUGCCCAGGAUGUGGGGCAACGUGCAAUAGUCCGUUCCGGGCACCAAGUCUAUCAACGUACAGUGGAUUCUUUGCGUUCACAGCGCAGAUGGCAAUUAACGAAAAGUCUGUCAGAUCGAGUAGAAUAUUGGCUCAAUCAAUUGAGACUUUUCCAUAGUGAAUGUCCCGCCUGGAGUCUACUUAAACAAUAUCAGAAUCCUCUCGCAGUAUUGGCAAAAGAAGGUGGUUUUUGCCGACGUCAGCAGUCGGCUGACGGUAGCACAUACUCUUUAGAAACUUUGUAAAGAGAGAGAUCCUUAUCUUUCUUUCCUCUCCUGUACUCAUAUAUAAUAUAUAUUUAUUCCCAUU